UCAAAAUUAAAGCUAGCUAUCUUCCAUGCAUCUCCUUUAUCAAACACAUUUAUCUUCACAUAAAUUCCCUAAUAUCCCCUCUUCAUUUUCCUCUCUCUCUCCCCCUCACUCUCUCACUUUCCACAGUUCUCUCUUUAUUUAUUUCUUCUUCAACAGUACUGAACUACACAUCCAUCCCAGAAAUCUCAUUCUCUGAAACAGAUCGAUCGAUCGAUCUUCUUCUUCCCAACAUGAGCUUCUGCGUACCCACCUGGGAUGUUGACAACAAUAUUCCCUCAGGCCCCAGAACUUCUCUUCCUUCUAACUCCAACUCCACCGUCCCCGAUCUCAUCCCCACGUUUGACUAUGAAGUUGCAGAGCUUACAUGGCAGAACGGGCAGAUAUGGAUGAAUGGGAUGGGUCUGCCACGACCUCCGGCAAAACCCAUCAUCUCUGGUGCGGCGGCGAGUACAAGGUCCGAUCCGUUGACCACCCAUUCGAAGUAUCGAGCUAGUGGAACCUUAGAGUCCAUAGUCAAUCAAGCUACUUGCUUCUCCCAGAACACCAAAUCAGUGCCACAAAGUGUUGACGGAGACUGCGGCGGUGACGGAGACAAGUUAGUGCCGUGGUUUGAACACCAACGCGGCGGCGGCAGCCGCGCUGCUGUAUCAAACACAAAGACUAUGGAUGCUUUGGUGCCUUGCUCGAAUCGUACGGAAGAGCAGAGUACGGCGGUUGUAGAUGAAUCCAUGGGUGGAGGAGGGAUUGGCACACGCAGCGGAGUGGGUUGCUCGGCACAGGUGGGAUCUUGUGGCCGUGGAGGAGGUGCUGCGAGAGUUCCGGCGGUGGCGCGUGUGCCUGUAGCCCGCCAGUGGGAUCAAAGUGUAAGUGAGAGAGAUAGCCAUCACGUGACUCCUGACACGUGCGAUAUGGAAAUGGAUGUGGGUUAUACUUCUGCUUCAAUGGGUUCGCUGGAAAACACCAGCUCCAUCCGGCCGUACACGAAGAAGACCGCCGUUGACGACCAUGAUUCUGUUUGCCACAGUACACAGAGAGAAGAAGAUGAGGAGGACGACAGAAAAGAAAGAACGGUGAAAUCUUCAUCGUCCAACAAACGGCGUAGAGCUGCUGAUGUGCACAACCAGUCUGAAAGAAAAAGGCGAGAUAAGAUAAACCAAAGGAUGAAAACAUUGCAGAAGCUGGUUCCAACUUCCAGCAAGACUGAUAAAGCUUCAAUGCUGGAUGAGGUAAUAGAUUAUGUGAAGCAACUUCAAGCACAAGUUCAAAUGGUGAACAGAAUGAGUCUAUCUUCCAUGAUGCUGCCAAUGACCCUGCAACAGCAACAACUUCAACUCAUGUCCAUGAUGGCUCCAAUGGGCAUGGGAAUGGGCAUGGACAUGAACACUAUGGCUCGCCCUAACAUCCCCACCGUCCCUCCCAUUCUCCACCCUUCCGCCGCCGCCGGCUUCAUGCCGAUGCCCUCCUGGGACGGUUCUGCUGGUGGCAAUCGGCUUCAAGGAGCAGUGCCUGACUUCUUGUCCUCGUUCCUAGCAUGCCAGACACAACAGCCGAUGACCACGGAUGCAUACAGUCGGAUGGCUGCUAUUUAUCAGCAAAUGCAGCAAGCUCCAGCAUCAAGUUCCAAGAACUGAUCUCUCUGUUUUUCUUCUGUGUGCUGUUAAACUGUGUUACAGCCAUAUAUAUACUGGCUACAAUAUAGUUUGCAGCUUUUUCUUUUUCUUGGGUGAAAAAUUUGUAUACCAAUUUGGUAUAAAUUAGACAUAUUUUAUGUGCACUUGAAAUGCACUAAGUGUGAAGUGAACCACAUUGUUCAAACUUAUGAAUAUUGUGAUUUGCUAUAGAUUUUAUAUGUUAUAUUGACAUUAACUAAAGUAGUUUGGCUUUGAAAAAGAUAAAUGAAAAAGCUCCGAAGUAAGCACUGAACUCAGUUGCUUAGUGUUGGGGACUUUUUUGCCUGCCAAAACAGCUUGAAGUUGGUGGGUUUGAAUUAUUAUCUGCAUAAUUGUAUGUGUUUUUGUAUUUACAUUGAAUGUAUAGAACUCCACUAUAUUCAAUUCAUAUUCCUCUUUGUUCCCCUCUCAAAA